AUGUCUGCCAAGGUAGAAUUUGCUGUUAAAAUGUCAUCUCCAUCAUGUGCAGAUAAAAUUCAAGAUCAACUAAGCCAAAAUGGAAUUUCAAAAUCUGACAUUCAUAUAUCCUAUGAAACUGGAAUUGUUACUAUCACUACAGAUCAACCGUCUUCCCUUAUUUUGAAUUCUAUUGAAAAAACCGGUAUUAAAGCAGUACUUAAAGGAUAUGGAAGUGCUACCCUUGACAAGAACUUGGGCGCUGCUGUUGCUAUGCUUGGUGGAUCAACUGGUUAUAGUAAAUUAGGUAUAAAUGGUGUUGUUCGAUUUGUUCAGAUAAACAAUGAUGAAUGUAUAGUGGAUGGUACUAUUGAUGGAUUAUCCCCAGGAAAACAUGGCAUCCAUAUAUAUGAAUGUGGGGAUUUAUCUAACGGAUGCGAUAGGAUUGGAGAUCAUCUUAAUUUGAAACAAACAUCACAUGGCAAUCAAACUGAUGACCCGAAUUUCAGGCACACAGGUGAUUUAGGAAAUAUCACUGCUAAUGAAGAUGGAAGGGCAAUAUUUUACUUUAAAGAUAAAUUAAUAAAUGUAUCACAUUUAAUUGGUCGAUCAGUUGGUAUCACAGAAAAUGAAGACGAUUGUGGUAAAACCAAAAUUAAUACAUCAAAUAUUGAUGGAAAUAGUGGAAAAAGAAUUGCUUGUGGUAUUAUCGCUAGAUCUUCUGGUUUAUUUGAAAAUAACAAAAAAAUAUGUGCUUGUGAUGGUGUAACACUUUGGGAAGAAAGAGAUGUACCACUGGCUGGGCCCGGUAGACAAAGAAAAAUAUAA